AUGGCAGAGUUGUGUAUCGCGUGCCGUGCAUCGACAGAGAAUCGGCGAAAAUAUGAUUGGGUUUCCAGAGAAAUGCAAUAUCUUGAUAUCGCCCAAAUAGUGAUAGAAGAUAUAGUAGCUCGACAGUUGGAGCCUACUGCGUUCAUUUGUCGACCCUGUUGGCAAAGAACGGAACGAACUCACCAGCGACUUAUUCGGGAGGCUGAACAGCAAGCUGAUCAAGACCGUGAUCCAUCGGAAGUUCCAAAUUCAAGACCAAUUUCGCUGAUUUUGCCAGGUCUUCUUCGUGCUCCAAACACCGCAAAUAGUUGCAUUUUCCUACAUUGUACGAAUGAAUCUUGCCGUCGUGUUCCAGAGAACAUAAUUUUUCGCAUGGUAUGCCGCUACAGCUAUUUCGUGCCAGAAAGCGCGCGUGUCUGUAAUGAACACGUGGAGCAAAAUCUGUGGCAUUUACUUCCUGUACAAGACAACUCUUCUGAGGAAUUCACUGCAGCUCAAAUAAUGACUAUCGUGUCGAUGUUACAAAGACAUAUUACGGAGGAAAUACUAGAUUUUGAGCAGUAUGAAAAUAUAGCACCAGCCGAGUUUCAUACUUGGACAGGACUGACUCAAGAUCAGUUUACUUUAUUAUUAGACAGUUUACCAAGUCUGAGAACUAAAAAGAAUAAAAGAACCGUACUGGCGGCAGUAUUAGUCAAGAACAGACAUGCUCAGUUUACUUUAAUGACUGCAGAUAUGCCAGAGUUUGUAGAUUUUCCAAGAAUGGAUGAGAACGAAUUAUUAUUAUUCGCUCUGAUCGUUUAUCAACUAAAACAGGCCAAAAGCUAUUACGGUGAGCACGUCCUUGACAAUGGAGCAUUCACAAAUGAGCUCAGCAAUGAGUUAUCAAAUGAAGACUUGGCGGAAUUGCAGAGCAAUGAUUUAUGGAUGAUAAGAGGCCGACAAGCAAUCGCUCACUAUUAA